AUGGCUUCUAUCUUCCAACCCAGAAGUGUCUGCAUUUCACUGGGGGUGGGUGAGUAAUCAUGGUCUGCAGAGGACUUUAGGCUGAUUCCUGAGGAAAGGCGAUAUAUAUAAAUCACUGCAGCAGGGCUGCUGUAGCACUUUGUGACUACAGAUCCUGACCAGAAGGAGAUUCCCCCAGUCAGCCAAGAUCUCUUCAGCAUGCCCAAUCCCAAAGCACAGACCCAGGCACUGGAGUUGCCCUCUGAAACCGAGGUGGAGAGCCACUCUGAAACUGCUACAGAGAAAGCUCUACUAGGUUGGAGUCAGCACUGAGAAAUAUUAAACAGAAAACACAAUUAUCAACUCUUCAAAGAGACAGCAUAAUACUGGAGGAAAUCAUGGGAUCCCCGACAAAUAUCUUCCUUUUUGCUUGUAUCUUUACAUUCACAUUGUGGAAUAAUAUUCAGCUGUCUGUGGAAAAUGAAUUUACUGCACACUAUUCAAGCAGCUUUCUAGCUUGUGUUCCAAAAAGUCAAUCAAGACAUACAACAAUGUUGGAUUUAUCACAGAAAAAUAUCUCUGAACUUCAUAUCUCAGAUUUCAGUUCUCUGCCUGAACUGCAAGUAUUAAAUCUGUCUCAUAAUCUAAUCAGAGAGCUUGACUUCAAUGUUUUCAAAUUCAAUGAGAAAUUAGAAUGCUUAGAUUUAUCUCAUAACAACUUGUGGAAUAUGUGCUGUCAGACACUUGCUGGUCUUAGACAUUUAGAUCUUUCUUUCAAUAAGUUUAAAACUUUGCCCAUCUGUCAGGAAUUUGGCCAUAUGUUGAACCUGGAAUACCUGGGACUGAGUGCCACAAUGAUACGAAAGUCAGACUUCAGAGGUAUUACACAUUUGCAACUGCAUACUGUCUUCCUAACUUUAGAAGACUUUUCUCACUAUGAAUCUAAGAGUUUGACAGUCUUAAACACAAAGAACCUUCACAUUGUUUUCCCAAUAAACAAAAACUUUUCUUUUCCCCUUUUGUAUGAUGGAAUGAACACUUCAGAGAAGUUAGAAUUGUCAAAUAUUAGAUAUAACUCUACAGAUUUCCCUUUCCCUCCUUUUGCCCCUUUGAAAUUCAAGACACUCAAUCUGAGGUUCAACAAUGUGGAUUUGUCCUGGAGUAUCCUUGCACGAAUUUUCAUGAUUGUUUGGUAUACACCUGUAGAAUAUUUCACUGUAAAAAAUUUGACCUUUUCGGGAUCUAUUCAGAGUAUGACCAAUACUGACUUUUCACACUUAUACAAUUGGGCACAAUCUAACCGUUCAGGUAGUUCAAUGAAAGCACUUAUACUGGAGCAUAUUCGUACUAAGGUUUUUUAUUUCUCUCAAGGUAUUCUGUACAAAGCAUUUUCAGAUAUGAACAUUGAAAAUUUGACAAUAUCUGAUGCGUAUAUGCCACACAUGCUUUGCCCUUCUCACAUUAGCCCAUUUCAAUAUUUAGAUUUUUCAUACAAUGCCCUGACAGAUGAGGUAUUUAAGAACUGUGACACUCUGACUCAUUUGAAAAUGCUUAUCUUACAGAGAAAUCAAUUAGAGAAUCUUUCCAAGGUGAGCUCCAUGACGAGUAAAAUGAAAUCACUGAAACAUUUGGACAUAAGUAGGAAUUUGCUGUAUUAUGAUGAGAAUGAGAACCACUGCCACUGGGUUGAAACUCUGGCUAAACUGAAUUUGUCCUCAAACAAAUUGACAGACUCAGUUUUUGGAUGUUUGCCAAUUAACGCUCAAAUACUUGAUCUACAAAAUAACCAAAUCACAACUGUCACCAAAGACAUUACUGAACUGAAAGCUUUGAAAGAGCUAAAUAUUGCAUUUAACAGGUUAACUGAGCUACCUGGAUGUAGUCAUUAUAGGGGUCUGGAAUUCCUGAAUAUAGAAGAGAAUUCAAUUCUCACCCCAUCAUCUGACUUCUUCCAUAGCUGUCAAAAUAUCAGAGAGCUCAGAGGAGGACACAAUCCAUUCCAAUGUUCUUGUGAAUUACGAGACUUUGUUAAUUUUGAAAAAAAAUCAGACGGAAGGUUGGUUGGCUGGCCAGAAUCUUAUGUGUGCGAAUAUCCAGAUGGCUUAAAGGGAACCCAGCUAAAGGACUUUCAGUUGUCUGAACUAUCUUGCAAUACAACUCUCUUGCUUGUUAUAGCUCUAGUUGUUACAGUGGUGGUAGUGGCUGUGACAUCCUUUCUGUGUAUCUAUUUUGACGUAAUGUGGUAUUUGAAGAUGAUGUGGCAGUGGACACAAACAAAACGUAGGGUUCGGAAGAGUCACCCUGAAGAUCUGCAAAGCAUUUUACAGUUUCAUGCUUUUAUUUCAUACAGCGAACGGGAUUCCCUCUGGGUGAAGAAUCAUCUGAUCCCAAACCUGGAGAAGGAAGAUGGGUCUGUACAGAUCUGUCUGCAUGAGAGGAACUUCAUUCCUGGCAAAAGCAUAGUUGAGAACAUUAUAAACUGCAUUGAGAAAAGCCACAAAUCAAUCUUUGUUUUGUCUCCCAAUUUUGUGCAGAGUGAAUGGUGCCACUAUGAGCUUUCCUUUGCCCAUCACAAAUUAUUUAGUGAAAGUUCCAAUAGCUUAAUCCUCAUUUUACUGGAACCAAUCCCGCAGUAUCUCAUUCCUGCCAGAUAUCACAAGCUGAAAGCUCUCAUGGCAAAGAGAACAUACUUGGAGUGGCCAAAGGAGAAAAGCAAACAUGGCCUUUUCUGGGCUAACCUUAAGGUAGCUAUUAACACUAACCUACCAGUGUCCACUGAAAUGAUUGUGGUGUAGACCACAAGAUAAUUUACCAAUUCUUGGAUUUUAUCUGUGUUAAUUUUGCUUAUAAUGCAACUAGAUGUGUAAGAAACUCAACCGAUUUACUAUGGAAUUACACGGAAUUAACCAAAUCACUAUCUUGCUCAUAGUAUUCAUGAUUGUGAACCCAUAAAUACAUGUAAUAAAUGUAGAAAUUAUUAUUUUCA